GUCUGAAUGUGGGCGGGACUUCCGACCGAGCGCACCCGGAAGAUUUGGAUGCAAGUUUCGCUGCUUGACGCGCAUCCAUAUGUUCGCGCCUCUAAACGUUUUCAUGUAAUUUAGGUGUUUUUUUCUACAUAGCAGUAUUUGCAGCAAUGUUGUCUUUAGAUUUUCUGGACGAUGUUCGUCGCAUGAAUAAGCGGCAGCUCUAUUACCAGGUGCUGAACUUUGGUAUGAUUGUGUCCUCGGCGCUGAUGAUCUGGAAAGGACUGAUGGUUGUCACUGGCAGUGAGAGUCCUAUCGUUGUCGUUCUCAGUGGAAGUAUGGAGCCAGCUUUCCACAGAGGAGACCUCUUAUUUCUGACCAACCGGGUAGAGGAUCCCAUCAGAGUUGGAGAGAUUGUGGUCUUCAGGAUAGAAGGCAGAGAGAUCCCAAUAGUACACAGAGUACUCAAGAUCCAUGAAAAGGAAAAUGGAGACAUUAAGUUCUUGACCAAAGGGGACAACAACGCAGUGGAUGACAGAGGGCUGUACAAGCAGGGCCAACACUGGCUGGAGAAAAAAGAUGUGGUGGGAAGAGCCAGAGGGUUUGUGCCGUACAUUGGAAUUGUAACCAUCCUCAUGAACGACUACCCCAAAUUCAAGUAUGCUGUUCUCUUCAUGCUGGGUCUCUUCGUAUUGGUCCAUCGGGAGUAAGGUACCCAAACGUCAGGACACAGGAAGGAUCAACCACGUCCAGGAAACCUCGAUCACGCCUUUCAAAACAGAAUUAUGUUAGACUUUGUCAAACUCAACUGGCUCUUUUGUACCAUUUGUUUGAGCGUUUUUGUAGAAAUGUGGAUAGGGUGUUUACAUUUGAGAAAUCCAAGCUUUAAAAGUAUUUUUGUGAGGGAACUAGGCUAGGUUUAAGUCAAAGUCGAUCUUUAUUUGUAAUUUUACUCUGAAUGUGAAAGCUGCAUUCUCAAUGGUUAAUGGUUAAUUAAGUUUCUUUUGUUAAUACAUUGUCUUAAAAAAAAAAAAAAAGAUGUGAGAAGUAUUUUAUGACAAGUUAUGAUGAGUGAUAUUAAAUAUGAAUUCUGUUACCCUCCA